AUGGAGUUCCGAGCUAAGAAAUUCAUCAAGACAGCACGGAUCGACCCUGGAAGCGACGACCAGAACGGCUGGGACGGAUUGCUUAAGAUGCUGCAGCCCAGGGUACUGCUGCGGGCGCAGAGGCCGCUAUGCCACACCCUCACGUUGCGGCCUCUCCGCCCUCGAACAUAUGCCACGGCUGUCGAAGAACCAAUCCCGGCUGAGUCUCAGCAGACCUUCACAACUACCUCGAUCUCGUCGAGUUUUGCGCCUCCGGCUGUUGUCAUCGACAGCAAUGCCAGCUUUGCUAUGCGCACGUACACACCCAGGACUCCGGGUGUGCGUCAUUUGAAGCGAGCCAUCAACGACCACUUGUGGAAGGGCCGACCGUUUCUCCCAUUGACCUUCGCUAAGAAGGGACAUGGUAAGGGUGGAAGGAAUAACUCUGGACGUGUGACGAUCAGGCAUCGUGGUGGCGGACACAAGACGAGAAUCCGCACAGUGGACUUCGAAAGGAUGGUUCCUGGACCUCAUAUGGUCGAGCGUAUCGAGCACGACCCUGGACGGACAGCGCAUAUUGCGCUGCUGAACGAGGAGGCUACUGGCAAGAAGAGUUACAUUGUUGCUCCUGAGGGGAUGAGAGCAGGAGAUGUCGUACAGAGCUACCGCGCUGGCAUCCCGAAGGACUUGCUUGAUAGCAUGGGAGGAGUGGUCGAUCCCGGUGUGUUGGCAGCUAAGACCGCAUGGAGAGGAAACUGUCUGCCAUUGCACAUGAUUCCCAUGGGAAGCAUUGUCUACAACGUCGGCUCCGCUAAGGGCCGUGGAGCAGUCUUCUGCAGAAGUGCAGGCACAUACGCCGUGGUCAUCAGCAAAGAUGAUGCUACGACCAAGGGCGGCGAGAAGCAUGUCACGGUCAAGCUACAGAGUGGUGAAGUCCGCAAAGUCAGCAGGGAAGCAUGCGCAACGAUUGGUGUCGCUAGCAACCCCCAUUACCAGCACGAGCAGCUCGGAAAGGCUGGCCGAAAGCGCUGGCUCAACAUCAGGCCCACCGUCCGUGGUCUUGCCAUGAACGCCUGCGACCAUCCUCACGGAGGUGGUAGAGGUAAAUCGAAGGGUAACGUCGAUCCCGUCAGCCCGUGGGGUAUGCCGGCGAAAGGAGGAUACAAGACGCGCCAGGUCCGCAAACCCAACAAGUGGGUUGUCACACCCCGUGUGCGUAACGGCGGCAAGCGUAGAGCCAAGUAG